AUGGAUUAUGGACCAAAUUCAAUUGCCUUUCCCAGUGAUCUAUCGAAACUGACCGUUCUUGAACAACUCGGAGGAAGCUCACAUCCACAAAAAGUCAAAGAUCAAACCACCAAUCAAGAAUAUGUCAUGAAGAAAGGUUUCAACAAGAAACACGUUGUGAAUGAGUACCGAGUGAAUUUGUGUUAUUACAAGAUGGGCUGCCUCGUUCCCCAAGUCAAACUGUAUGUGAAAGGAAAGAUGAUUUCCUCUCUCGACGGAAUUGAAUCAUUGGCCGAUGAUGAUCAUUCGGAUAUUGUGGUCUUGUCAGAAUUUAUUAACCAUGGAAUGACAUGGGCCAAUUUUAUGAAACAGCGUUCGAAAGAAGAGUGUGAUCAAGUGAGAAGAGAGAUGGCUCGGUUUUUUGUGUUGGAUUGUCUCUUUGCGAAUCGUGAUGUGAUCGGUGUAGAUGAUUCCAACAUUCUUAUUGUAGAACAAGCAGUACAUUCUCAACAGCAGCAUGUCGAUUCAAAACAACGAUUUUCAGUCUAUCGUAUUGACAAUGGAGGAGCAUUGAGUUUUCGAGCACAGGGCAAGCUUAAAGAUCCAGGUGAAUGGGGAGACUUUGUGAGUGAGAUCAAUCUCAUGUUGGAUGAUAGUUUCAAUGCCAAUACUGCCAAUGUAUUUGGAAAAGGAGGAGUUGUAGAUUCCAACAACAUGUUUCAACAAAUCAUGACCAUUUCAGACCAAGCCGAGAGUUGUAUUUAUCCAUAUCUUACUCAUCAAGACGUCCAAAUUGUUAAGGAACGAUUGAAUUAUUUACGAAGUGUCGUUGGUUUGUACGAUACCUCAACAAAUUCCAGUAUGUCCAAUGAUGUGACCGAGGCUGACCCACAACUUGUACAAACACUCAUGGAAAUGGGUUUCUCGAAAGAACAAAGUGCAGCAGCUUUAAUUGCUUCAAACAACAAUGUAGAAGCUGCUCUUUCAUUUCUAUUCUAA